AUGUCGACAUCAGUCCCUGUCAAGAAGGCAUUGAGUUCCCUUUUACGCGAUCCAGGAAAUACCCAUUGUGCCGACUGUAAGGCGCAACUACACCCACGCUGGGCUUCUUGGUCACUUGGCGUUUUUAUUUGCAUUAAAUGUGCUGGUAUACAUAGGUCAUUGGGAACACACAUUUCCAAAGUGAAGUCCGUUGAUCUGGACACAUGGAAGGAAGAACAUUUGAUGAAGCUGAUACAGUUCAAGAAUAAUUUAAGGGCAAAUUCAUACUAUGAAGCCACUUUGGCUGAUGAAUUAAAGCAAAGAAAGAUCACUGAUACGAGCAGUUUACAAAAUUUUAUUAAGAACAAAUAUGAAUAUAAGAAGUGGGUUGGUGAUCUGUCCUGUAUUGAAGGAUCAGGCGAUUUUACAGCGCCGGUUCUGCCUAAACCUUCUUCGAAUCAUUCUUUCCCUGCUUCGAAUGCAACCUCGGAUUUGAGUUCAAAUUCAUCACAAAAGAUGCAAACUCAACCGCAUUCCCAUCCAUUGGUCACUUCAAAGAGCAAUACCAGCUUAUUGAACCUACAGGUUUCGUCGCUUUCCAAGACUAAUUCUAAUACAAGUGCCGCCAGCAUUACAACAAGCAUAGGUGCAGCGAGUACUAAGGCUAGCAACAGGAAUAGUGAAAUUGGACAAAGAAACGAUUUGAAAAAAUCCAUUCUAUCUCUUUACUCCAAACCUUCGGUUCAGACUCAAAGUCAAAACUCAUUUUUCACUUCUACGACGCCUCAGCCUUGCAAUACUCCCUCGCCAUUCGUGAACACAGCGAUUACUGGUACGAAUAGUAAUAGUGCAAACUCAAAUACCAGUUCUAACAUUUCAUUGGAUGACAAUGACUUGUUCAAGAACGUCUGGAGUUGA